AUGAGCUCGUCAGUGGCAUCGAAUGGAACACGUAACUUUAAAGUGGUAUUAUUGGGGGAAGGAUGUGUCGGCAAAACUUCAAUCCUACUUCGGUACAUCGAAGACAAAUUUAAUGAUAAACACUUGACAACGUUACAGGCUACAUUCUUAAACAAAAAACUGAACAUCAAUGGUAAACGUAUCAACCUGUCUAUUUGGGAUACAGCUGGUCAAGAGAGGUUCCAUGCACUAGGACCUAUUUAUUACAGAAACUCAAAUGGAGCCAUUUUAGUCUAUGACAUCACAGAUGAAGAAUCUUUUGGCAAGGUAAAAAAUUGGGUAAAAGAGCUGAGAAAAAUGCUUGGAGCAGAUAUAGUGCUGGUGAUUGCGGGGAAUAAAAUCGAUAUGGAGCUUGAAAGGACAGUGCCAUUAGAUGAAGCUGAAAACUAUGCAAAAAUGGUUGGAGCAAAACACUUCUACACAUCUGCGAAAUUUAACCAAGGUGUUGAAGAAUUGUUUUUAGAGUUAACUCGAGAAAUGGUCGAACAUUUUGAACAGAAUAAUCAAGCUGAUGUAAACCGAACAUCAAGAGUCUUAGUUGUGGAAGAUGAGGCUCCAGCUCAGACUUCAUGCUGUUCAGGAAUAAGAAGUAAC